CUCCACCGCUGCAAGUCAGGGCAAGAUGAGUGCCUGGGAUGAGGGAGGAAGACGCAGGGUACAGAGCAAAGUUGCUAGCGGACUAUAUAGAGGUUCGGGUGCUGAUCAAAGUCGUCUGAUGCACACAAGCCAUCCGCGAGUCGAGGAGCCCCGUUUCAUAAAGAGCCAGGGUUCCGCUCCGGCCGUUGGUCCGCAUCUGGCCUGAUCGGCUGGCCAAAAGCAACGAAGAGCCCCGGUGACUGCUCCCAUUACCCAGCUUCCAUGGAUAAUUUAUCAAACCUCGGCCUCGAUUUUAUGUUCUGGGCUUCGUGCAAGCUCAACAUCCGGGACAUUCAUCGCAUGGCAGUUAUGGAAGAGUACCAAGAUGUGUUUCGGUACAAGGGUCGGCCUGUUCGAAACGCAGAGAUCUGCGGGCUGAUCGUCGGCAUCGACGAGUCCCAUUCGCGGAUCGGAUACCUGGUCGACGACGGAACCGGAACCAUCAACUGCUGGCAGUGGCUUUCCGAGCCGCCGAGCAUCGGUGCCGAGGCCGACCAGCAUCGGAUCAUGAGCCUCGGGGACUGCGUCGUGGUUUCGGGCAAGAUCAAGGAAUAUCGCGAUGUUCGGCAGCUCACCGUCAACAGCAUCCGCGUCGAGAGCGAUCCAAACUUUGAAGCUCUGGCAUGGAUGCAGACGAUCGACGCCAAGCUGCGGGCAUAUGACCGACCGAUUGUCCUGUCGGAAAGCAGCCAAAGGGAGCUGGCUCUCCGAAAGACCCAGAGCCACAACGAAUCUUUCGCCGUCCGAGGCCCACAGUCGCCGGAUGAUCUAGUGGCGUACGUCCAGGGAAUUGCCCAUGCGACUGAGAGCCAUGUCAAGUAUGCUGUCGAGGCAUACAUGCUGCAUGAGACGGAAGGAGUCGAGUUCCAGCGGCUACUUGCUCUGGAAGCGAUUGUCGAGCUGGAGAAACGCAUCCGAUUGCGGACGGCCGAUGGUCAAGAAAGCACAGUGGAUGAACAUCAGCCUGGCGUUUCUGGCCGACGAAUAGUUGCGCUGGUGCGACGGGCUGUUGCAGAACUCGUCACCGAGGGGCGGAUCUUCCUCAAAGACGGCGAUCGGGACAUUUACGAGGCGAUCCAGCCAGCAUGCUCCAUGGCCCGGCAGUUGCUGGAGAUCAUGCGUGCCGAAGGCUCCCGAGAGUACUCGCAGGACUAUCUCGCGGCCAAGCUCCAUGCGAGCAACCCGGGCAUGGGCAAGUUGCAGCCCAGGGCCGUCGCCAGGUGCCUGGGUCUGCUGGUCGAGCACAGCGACAUUGUCCAAGUGGCUGACGCGUUUGUGCUGAUCGGGUAGCCAGCCACGGUCUGGCCGGCAAAUACAGCGGCUGCUGCGCAUCGAUCUGGCCCAACCGGCGAUUUUGCAUGUCGGGUUGACAGAGCAGCG